AUUAGUUCAACUCCAUAAAACAUCAUCAAACUUCUGACCAGACCCGCCAAUUCCGGCGCUAGCUCUGUAAUAAAUCUCUCUCUAAUUUUCAUCAAUGGGAGACGCAACCCAAAGCCAAUCUUUACUGCCCAAAAGUAUAGCAUAUAACCGUAGCAAAUCUCAUGCGUACGAUGAAUUACGCAGUUUUAGGAGAUGGCUAAAGUGGAUGUGUGUAGAUCAAUCUGAUACUUGGUCUACUUGUCUUUCUUGGUUUGUUUUCAUAGUUUUUACAAUUGUUGUACCUUGUCUCUCCCAUUUCCUUUUGGCUUGUGCCGAUUGUGAUGCCACUCACGAUCGGCCUUAUGACAACGUUGUUCAGUUGUCUCUCAGUGGCGUUGCUGCUCUCUCCUUCAUAUGUCUUUCUGGGUUUGUUAAGAAAUUUGGGCUGCGUAGGUUCUUGUUCCUUGAUAAGCUUUGUGAUGAGAGUGAGACUGUCAGAAAAGGAUACAUGCAACAGCUCCAUAGAUCAUUGAAGAUCCUAUUCAUUUUUGUGCUGCCAUGUUUUGCUGCUGAAAGCAUAUACAAGAUUUGGUGGUACAGUUCAGGUGGAACCCAAAUCCCUUUCUUAGGUAAUGUCAUUGUGAGUGACACUGUCGCGUGCAUUCUGGAGCUGAGCUCCUGGCUUUAUAGAACGACCGUGUUCUUCCUAGUGUGUGUCCUUUUCCGCUUGAUCUGUUACCUUCAGAUUCUCCGAUUACAAGAUUUUGCUCAGGUCUUCCAUGUGGAUUCUGAUGUUGAGUCAGUGUUGAGAGAGCACCUCAGAAUCAGGAGGCACUUAAGGAUCAUUAGCCAUAGGUAUCGUAGGUUUAUCGUGUUGGCAUUGGUAUUCAUCACAGCAAGUCAAUUUGCCUCCCUUUUCAUGAGCACAAGGUCAAGUUCUGAUCUUCAUAUCUACAAGAGUGGCGAACUUGCGCUGUGUUCUGUCAGCCUUCUUGCUGGGCUGUUGAUACUGUUGAGAAGUGCAGUCAGGAUUACACAUAAAGCACAAUCUGUUACAUGCUUAGCAGCCAAGUGGCAUGUGUGUGCAACAAUAGACUCUUUCGAUUCAGUUGAGGGUGAAACUCCUCCAAUUUCUCAAAUAGUCAGCAACCAAGUUUUCCCUGUGAGUUCUCAAGGAUCAUCUGAUGCUGACGAUGUUGGAGAUGAAGAAGAUGAGCUUGACAAUACACAAUUUGUCCCCUCUUAUGCCUAUAGCACUAUCUCAUUCCAGAAAAGGCAGGCACUAGUGACAUACUUUGAGAACAAUAGAGCAGGAGUUACUCUAUAUGGCUUUAUGUUGGACAGAAGUUAUCUUCACACCAUAUUUGGUAUAGAGCUCGCGCUGGUGCUCUGGUUGCUUGGGAAAACUAUUGGCAUUUCUUGAAUCAUUGGGUACAGAAUUGAAAGGGGUUUUUGGUUAUUUACUUGUGCUAUUGUCUAAAGUAUAACAUGUGGAAUGUAGAAUUGUUUUAGAGUGUAACAUAUCCGUUGAGAGCGAGCAUGUAUAGAGUUAUUUGUUUAUUCAAUUUUGAAUGGUAAUCAUAUUUAUUUCCUUGUGUUAUUGGCGAUCUGGAUCAGAUAAUGUUGCUCUUGUACUAGAUCUAUAAGGUGAAACAUGAUGUAAUUUCCAUGUUUUUUUUCAUGCUCUUAUGUUUACAGCGAAAUUUUUGCCGCUUG